AUGUCAUCAUCGAACGACGGAGGAGGGGGUCUCUUAGGAGGUCUACUGGGAGGUGGCAACGAGGAUGAAGAUACUACCACUCAGCUUCUCUCGCAGACUACCAAUACUCGACAAGCCCAAAUUACAGCUACAGCUACAGCUUCUCCAGAGGAAGAUGAUGAAUUGACCUCAACAGGAAUCGGAGUAACACGUACGGCAAACCUAGUGGACUCCACGGGUACAGGAGUGGCGACUACCUCUUCAGCUUUGUUCGAGGGAGAUACGACGAGUGCAACAGAAGCUACCAGAACAGUAGGUCAAGCAGCAUCAUCCUCCUCGGCUGCGUCGUUCAACACCGCCUCUGGUAUAUUGUCAAGUAGUCAAAGUCAAACUGGCUCAACCCUUUCUUCAACCCCUGCAAUCUCAUCGACUCGAAGUUUGGCUAUUCCAAGCUCAAGCUCAAUUGCAAUUUCGUCGGCAGUACCAGAAACGACAUCGGCAGACAUCACUUCGACUCAAGAAACUGCCACAGAGACCACCCCACCAGUGAUAGUGACCAUCUCAGCCGGGCAGAAUGUCACUCUCACAUCUUCGAUCUAUUCCACUCCUCCACCGACGUCUUCGGACAAUACCUCAAAGGAAGCUGCCAAUGACAAUAAAGAUAAUACCUCCAUACUGAAUACCGAUAAUAAAUUGUUUCCUCUGGGUGUCGUAUUGGUAGUCGUAGGAAGUAUAAUAGCCCUGGUAACGAUCCUAUGGCCCCUAAUGAAAGUGUUCGGUAUAACUCGUCGACGAAAACGACUCCGAGGGGCGAUACCUUCAUUCGUACCUCCAGAGAGGAUCGAUUUCCCUGAUGAGAGUAACGAAAAGUGUGAUGGGUAUCCUUCUGUCCAUCACCACCAUCAACGAAAUCGGAGUAAUUCAAGCUGGGAUUAUAUGCCUGGAUACGAUACUGCUCCAGCAGGAGGUAGGUCAAUCACACCGAUGGAAGGUGGUAAUUUAGCCGGUUUUGGCGUGGGUCAUACCAACCAUCAAGAUAUCAUACCUGAUUCCCCUCCAGCAGGUCAACAGUAUAUCCCCCCAAGUCAGAUGAUGCAAGAUCAACAUCAACAUCCUCAACAGCAAAACCCUUUCAUGGUCGAUAACCAUAAUUACAAUAACAACAGUAGGGACUUAGUACCUGUACGAAGUAAUUCGCAAUCCUCAAAUUCGUCCAACUCUCAUGAUAGGUACGGUCUCACGAGGAAGGGGACAGUGACUGACGCUUAUGGAGGGAUGGAGACGGACGUUCAGAGGAACGGAUCGGUGGGGAAUGGACAUAAAUUGAAUAAAAGUAGAGAUUGGCAAUCAGGAGCCGGUGGGUAUGUAUGA